AUGUACCUCGGCCAGCGGGGGGCCACCAAGCUCGCGGCGAAGGCUGGCGUGAAGGUGCCCGAGAACUACGUGUACCCACACCCAGAUAUGUGCACAAUCAAGCACGAGGACCACGCGCAGUGCUUGAAGCUGAUCCAAAAGGCCAUGGCAGACACAGCGACGGAACCGCAGGUGCGCUUGCUCUACGAGACGAUCGGUGUAUACCUUGGCUAUGCUCUUGCGCAGUACAGCGAGUUUUACAAAAUUGACCACGUCAUGAUCCUGGGCCGCGUCAGCAAGGGUGCUGGUGGCGAUCUCAUGCUCGACGUCGCAAAGAAGGUCCUGGCGGAGGAGUUCCCCGAGUAUUCCCACAUCCAGUUCCACACCGCGGACGACCACUUCAAGGCCGUCGGGCAGUGCAUCGCGGCGGCAGCCCUACCCGAGAUCGCAAGCAAGGCUUGA